UUGGCCGGCGUGCGGGAGAGGACCGCCGGGCGGGAGCGCGGGAGCCAGCUCCCGAGCGCGGCGCUGAAGUUUCCCUCCGGCUGCGCUCUCACCCCUGGCUGGCGCCCGUGCCAUGCGGGAACUCUGGGACCGCGCGACAGCAUGAAGGGCGGCGACCGAGCUUAUACCCGAGGUCCCUCUUUGGGGUGGCUCUUUUCUAAGUGCUGCUGUUGCUUCCCUUGCGGAGAUGCAUACUCUCAUUCCUCCAGCGAAAAUGGAGGCAAAUCUGAAUCCGUGGCCAACUUGCAGGCUCAGCCUUCCCUGAACUCCAUUCACAGUUCCCCUGGUCCCAAGCGCUCCACCAACACCCUGAAGAAGUGGCUCACCAGUCCUGUGCGUCGACUCAACAGCGGGAAAGCAGAUGGAAACAUUAAAAAACAGAAGAAAGUACGCGAUGGUCGGAAAAGCUUCGACCUGGGCUCUCCCAAGCCUGGGGAUGAGACCACCCCUCAGGGAGACAGCGCUGACGAGAAGAGCAAGAAAGGUUGGGGUGAAGAUGAGCCAGACGAAGAGUCACACACACCCCUCCCUCCGCCCAUGAAGAUCUUUGACAACGACCCCACACAGGACGAGAUGACUCUUGAAGGAGGCUCCUACCGGGGGAGCUUGAAAGACMCUACAGGCUGCCUAAAUGAGGGGAUGACCCCACCCACUCCUCCCAGAAACCUGGAAGAAGAACAGAAAGCCAAGGCCCUUCGAGGCAGGAUGUUUGUCCUGAAUGAGCUGGUACAGACAGAGAAAGACUAUGUCAAGGACCUGGGGAUUGUGGUGGAGGGCUUCAUGAAGAGGAUAGAAGAGAAGGGCGUUCCUGAGGAUAUGCGAGGGAAGGAUAAAAUCGUGUUUGGGAACAUUCACCAGAUUUAUGACUGGCAUAAGGAUUUUUUCCUGGCUGAACUGGAAAAAUGUAUCCAAGAGCAAGACAGACUGGCCCAGCUCUUUAUUAAACAUGAGCGGAAGCUGCACAUCUACGUGUGGUACUGCCAAAAUAAGCCGCGCUCGGAGUACAUCGUAGCUGAGUACGAYGCCUACUUUGAGGAGGUAAAGCAGGAGCUAAAUCAACGGCUGACGCUUAGCGACUUCCUUAUCAAGCCCAUUCAGAGAAUAACAAAAUACCAGCUGCUCCUCAAGGACUUCCUGAGAUACAGUGAGAAGGCUGGCUUGGAGUGUUCAGAUAUCGAGAAAGCUGUGGAGUUAAUGUGCCUUGUUCCCAAACGCUGCAAUGACAUGAUGAAUCUGGGACGCCUGCAGGGCUUUGAGGGCACCCUGACCGCCCAGGGCAAGCUGCUGCAGCAGGACACAUUCUAUGUGAUUGAGCUGGACGCCGGCAUGCAGUCCCGGACCAAAGAGAGGCGUGUAUUCCUCUUCGAGCAGAUUGUCAUCUUCAGUGAAUUGCUCAGGAAGGGCUCCCUUACACCAGGCUACAUGUUCAAAAAGAGCAUCAAGAUGAAUUAUUUGGUCCUGGAGGAAAACGUGGACAAUGACCCCUGCAAAUUCGCCCUCAUGAACAGGGAGACUUCAGAAAGGGUCAUUCUGCAAGCUGCCAACUCGGACAUCCAGCAGGCCUGGGUGCAGGACAUCAAUCAAGUCUUAGAAACACAGCGAGACUUCUUAAAUGCACUACAGUCACCCAUUGAGUAUCAGCGGAAAGAAAGGAGCACAGCUGUGAUGCGGUCCCAGCCUGCUAGAGUUCCCCAAGCCAGCCCCAGGCCCUACUCCUCUGUCCCCAUGGGCUCAGAGAAGCCCCCAAAGGGCUCCACCUACAACCCACCUCUGCCACCCCUGAAGAUAUCUACCUCCAAUGGCAGUCCAGGGUUUGACUACCACCAGUCUGGGGACAAGUUCGAGGCCAGCAAGCAGAAUGACUUGGGUGGCUGCAACGGGACCUCAUCUAUGGCCGUGAUCAAAGAUUACUAUGCACUGAAGGAGAAUGAAAUCUGUGUGAGCCAAGGUGAGGUGGUCCAGGUCCUCGCCGUCAACCAGCAGAACAUGUGCCUGGUGUACCAGCCUGCCAGCGACCAUUCCCCCGCAGCUGAGGGCUGGGUCCCCGGCAGCAUCCUGGCGCCCCUCACCAAAGCCACAGCAGCAGCAGAAAAUAGCGACGGGAGCAUCAAGAAGUCAUGUUCAUGGCAUACUCUACGCAUGAGAAAGCGGGCAGAAGUGGAGAACACGGGUAAAAAUGAAGCCACAGGGCCUCGUAAACCCAAGGAUAUUCUGGGCAACAAAGUCUCUGUUAAAGAGACGAACAGUUCCGAGGAGUCAGAGUGUGAUGAUCUUGACCCUAAUACUAGCAUGGAGAUCUUAAAUCCAAAUUUCAUCCAAGAAGUGGCCCCAGAGUUCCUUGUGCCCUUAGUGGAUGUGACCUGCUUGCUUGGGGACACAGUGAUGCUCCAAUGCAAAGUCUGUGGGCGGCCGAAACCCACCAUCACCUGGAAGGGUCCAGACCAGAACAUCCUCGACACUGACAACAGCUCAGCCACAUACACCGUCUCCUCCUGUGAUUCUGGGGAAAUCACCCUGAAGAUCUGCAAUCUGAUGCCACAGGACAGUGGGAUUUAUACCUGCAUAGCAACAAAUGACCACGGUACUGCAUCCACAUCUGCCACAGUUAAGGUGCAAGGUGUUCCAGCAGCCCCCAACCGCCCCAUUGCCCAGGAGAGGAGCUGCACCUCUGUGAUUCUCCGCUGGCUGCCCCCGGCCAGCACAGGAAACUGCACCAUUUCGGGUUACACUGUGGAGUACCGGGAGGAAGGUUCCCAGGUCUGGCAGCAGUCAGUAGCUUCAACCUUGGACACUUAUCUUGUCAUUGAAGACCUCAGUCCUGGGUGUCCCUAUCAGUUCAGAGUCAGUGCCAGCAACCCCUGGGGAAUCAGUCUUCCCAGUGAACCCUCGGAGUUCGUGCGACUUCCAGAGUACGAUGCAGCCGCAGAUGGUGCCACCAUUUCUUGGAAGGAAAAUUUUGAUUCCGCUUAUACUGAGCUGAAUGAGAUUGGAAGAGGCCGUUUCUCUAUAGUGAAAAAAUGCAUUCACAAAGCCACCCGCAAAGAUGUCGCUGUGAAAUUCGUGAGCAAAAAAAUGAAGAAGAAGGAGCAGGCUGCCCACGAGGCUGCCCUGCUUCAGCAUCUGCAGCACCCCCAGUACGUCACUCUCCAUGACACCUAUGAGUCCCCCACAUCCUACAUCCUGAUUUUGGAACUGAUGGAUGAUGGCCGGCUCUUAGACUAUCUUAUGAAUCAUGAUGAGCUGAUGGAAGAAAAAGUAGCUUUUUACAUUCGAGACAUCAUGGAGGCUCUGCAGUACCUUCACAACUGCCGGGUUGCACAUUUGGACAUAAAGCCUGAAAACCUACUCAUUGACCUACGGAUUCCAGUGCCUCGGGUGAAGCUCAUUGACUUGGAAGAUGCUGUCCAGAUCUCGGGCCACUUCCACAUCCACCACCUGCUGGGGAACCCUGAGUUUGCUGCCCCAGAAGUGAUCCAAGGCAUCCCAGUCUCCCUGGGCACAGACAUCUGGAGCAUUGGGGUUCUGACAUACGUCAUGCUGAGUGGGGUCUCCCCCUUCUUAGAUGAGAGCAAAGAGGAGACAUGUAUUAACGUAUGCAGGGUAGACUUCAGCUUCCCCCACGAAUACUUCUGUGGCGUGAGCAAUGCUGCCAGAGAUUUCAUCAAUGUGAUCCUACAGGAGGACUUUCGGAGGCGACCCACAGCAGCCACUUGCCUGCAGCAUCCCUGGCUGCAGCCCCACAAUGGCAGCUACUCCAAGAUCCCCCUGGACACCUCUCGCCUGGCAUGCUUCAUAGAACGCCGCAAGCACCAGAAUGAUGUGCGUCCUAUUCCCAAUGUCAAGAGCUACAUCGUCAACCGGGUGAACCAAGGGACAUAGCCAUCUCCCAGCCCCAGAGGUUUCACAUAGAAGUGYGGUGUGAACCAAAGCAAGACUGAACAUGUCUGUACAUAAUUCUGUUUGUGAUUUCACCCAUGCAGUUCUCUGAAUUGAGAGAUGUCCUCUUAAAUCUCAUCAGUGGUUAUUCAGGGUUUGAGCAGCAGUAAAAGUCACCCUAAAUCCAGGGACUUUCCAGAAGKUCAUCCUGAAAAAAAAUAAAGAUGCAAAGAGUUGCAGAAAGUAUUAAAAGAAAGGGCAAGAAGAACAAGAAUAUUAGCAGCUAUAAAAAUUUUAAUUGUACAUUCCAAAAAUGAGUGGCUAAGUGGGCAAACCUUAAGCUCAGAAGGGUGAGUGUUAUAGGUUUCUGACUUUGCUGAAAAUUUACAAAAAAAAAAAAUCUAUUUAACAGAAAUGUCAUAUAUGUCAACUAUUCUGGUUUAAAUGACUUAGAUAUAGUUUCUUAAUAGGAUACAUAUACACAUACAGUAUAAUAGAUCCCAUUCAGGUUUCAGAGUUUUAUAAUAUAGAGUUAUAUAUGAAAUCAAUCAUAAGUAACUUUAAGUGCUCCAGUUAAGACAAUAAUUUAUUUACCGAAGCAUUACAUUGUUUUGACUAAGCACAAUUAGAUGACAAGUUUUUUAGAGCAUUUUAUAAAUCUUGUAUAGAAAUCUUUUACCAGAACCUGUGCAUAAAGAGAAAGCAAUGUUACCCUUUUGCAAUCUGUGAAUGAGAAGAUUUUUUUCCUCUCAAUCAUGAGUUAUUUGAUUAAGAUAGGUUCUGUAUAUGAAAUGCUACCCCUGAAUGUACUGGAGGCUCAGAGUUCACCUGGCAAGAAAGCCUGCCAGGAAACAAGCCCAAAUCCAGUAAGAGUUGUGGGGUUAUUUUUAUGUCUACACCUGGCUUGAAAUAGGUAAACCGAUACCACAGGUUCAUACAAAAGGGCAAACAGAAACCUUUCUACAGUCCAAUGAACAAGRUACCAAUACUUUCUGAUUUCUUCUACAACAGUCUUCAGAAAGUUGGCUUGUUUUAUUUCUAACCCCUUUGGAAGCUAAGGGGUGCUUACCAAAAGGAGGCAGCCAUACAAGCCUUUUAAAGGCCUGGUCCUAAGUCCUUUAUGAAGCCAUGAAGCAAAACCUGAUACAUCAMCUGAACAGAGCGUUGAGUUUUAAAUGAGAUUGCAAUACCUAUCACCACCUAGCCACCAAUAUUUCUCUGGACUAAAAGGACUAAUUGUAUUUUGAGGCCAAUGCUGCUUUCUGGUGUAUAUUCUCCAUACAAGAUUAUUAACUGCCCUUUUCCCUUCUGAUGGGAAAACAAACUUGGGCAUUUCAUGGUUUUUGCUUUUUUUGGGGGUGGGG